ACGACUAACGUCAGCUUUGCGUCGAGCCCCAGUUUAAGUCAAUUCAAAGUUGUACUGAGAUUUGUUUCCAUUAUGAGUAGGAGAAGCUACAGCCCUAUGGAGCGCCUGUGAACAGCCAGAGCAGACGUUGAGUUUCCCUAAGCUACCGGCAGUUGUUCCGUUCCUCCUGGAGCAGUUUCACUAACUCUCUGGGCAGCUGGAGCAGACGUUGACGCUGUGUGACAACUGACAGCCACCAUGUCAGGUUUAGCACUACAGAGUGACAACCUGAAGGGUCUGGAUAAGGUGGAUAUUCUGGACCCAGAGUUUCAGCAGCGGUUGGAAGAUGCUCGCACUCUGCUCAGGCAGGAGAUCCAGCGCGAGUUGAAAAUCAAGGAGGCUGCCGAGAGACUUCGGCGGGCUGUCACCAAUCGCAAAAACGCUGCCGAUGUGGAGGGCCAGCUCAAAGCCUCGAGCCGCAAGCUGGAGAAGUUGCACUGGGAACUGCAGGAGCUCAAUGCCAGGUCCAUGGCCACCGAGAAGGACUGCACCACAGGGUGCUUGGAGGAGGAGGACAACCUAUCAGCAGAGUCGAGUCCGUGGGAAGAGGUCACAUCACCAAUGGCCAGUCGGGUCAGAACCCUGAAGAAACAGCUCACCAUGGAGACCAAAGUCAAACAGGGCGCUGAGAAUAUCAUCCAGACUUACAACAACAGCUCAGUCAAGGACAGGAAGAUGAUGACUACAGCCCAGCAGAUGUUACAGGACAGUCGCACUAAGAUUGAGCUCCUGCGCAUGCAGAUUAUCAAAGUCAGUCAAGCCAGAGACGGGGAGCAGGAGGGCUCGCAUGGUCACCCUGUGGACAUGAUCAGUCCUCUGGAGCUACGGAUAGCUGACCUCAUGCACCACAUGAAGAUUGAAUCGGCCGUAGCAGAAGGAGCCAAAAAUGUGGUGAGGCAGCUGAGUGGGCGCAAGAUCCAGGACCGCCGCGCACUGGCAGAGGCCCAGGCUCGCGAGCAAGAGUCUUCUCAUAAGGUGGACCUGUUAAGUCUCUCCCUGGACAGAUGUUUGAGUGAGCUGCCUCAGGACCAUCCCAAACAUGCCGCCAUCAAGGAGGAACUAUUGUUGGGAACCUCGCCUUCCUGCGGCAUACCAAAGAAGCAAUCCAACACUCCUUCCUCUUCCUUUUUCUUCAAACCAGCCAGUCUAACAGGUCGGUUGGAGGUAUGUUUGAUGGGCUGCCAAGACCUGAUGGAGUCAGUUCCAGGCCGUGGUCGUGUGACCAGUGUCGCGGCCCCCGCUGUAGGCUUCUCAGAUGGGAAGUCUGUGAAGGUGAGAGCUGGCCUGUCAGGACGCAGUGCCAGUGCCAAGUCAACUAAGGCUGAUGACCUGUCCUCGGAGAUAAGUGCAGUACUGAAGGUGGACAACCGGAUAGUUGGGCACACACACUGGCGACAGCUGGGCAAAGAGGCCUGGGGCCAGAGCUUCAGCAUUGAACUGGAACGGUCCAGGGAGUUGGAAAUUGCUGUGUACUGGAGAGACUGGCGAGCGUUAAGUGGGGUGAAGUUUCUGCGGCUGGAGGAUUUCCUGGAUAACAACCGACAUGGCAUGUGUCUCCAGCUGGAGCCUCAGGGCAUCCUCUUCAUUGAGGUAACAUUUAUCAAUCCUGUUAUUGAGCGGCGCUCCAAACUCCAGAGGCAGAGGAGGAUUUUCCCUAAAGAAAAAGGGAAGGACUUCCUGCGUGCUGCCCAGAUGAACAUGAACUUUGCCACAUGGGGCCGUUUGAUGAUGAGCAUCCUGCCUCCCUGCAGCUCCCUGGAGCCCAUGAGCCCUCCAUUAGCAGGCCCGAACACUGCCCCCCCAUCCUCCAAUACUUCUCCGGCACGAGAACCUGCUGUGAUGAGUCUAAAUGUGAAUGAAGAACAACCAUGCAGAUCUCCACAUCGCAUGAGAAAGAGCACUAAAGACUCUCCACCAUGUCCUGGUGAGACCAAGCGACAUCCCUCAAUUCAUCCACCUCCACAGAGGGAUGAAGGACUUCAGAUAAAAGACUUCACCUGCAUUUCAGUUCUGGGGAGAGGUCACUUUGGUAAGGUGCUGCUAGCAGAGAGUAAGAAGUCAGGCAAACUGUAUGCCAUCAAAGCCCUGAAGAAAGGAGACAUCGUAACACGUGACGAAGUUGACAGCCUCAUGUGUGAAAAGAGGAUUUUUGAAGUGAUCAACACUUCACAGCAUCCUUUCCUGGUGAACCUGUACGGCUGCUUUCAGACUGCGGACCACGUGUGUUUUGUGAUGGCUUACUCCCCCGGAGGAGACCUCAUGACACACAUUCACACCAGCAUCUUUACUGAGAAACAGGCCCGGUUUUAUUCGUCCUGUGUGCUGCUCGGCCUGGAGUUUCUACACCAAAACCAAAUAGUUUACAGGGACCUGAAGCUGGAUAAUCUGCUGAUGGAUGCAGAUGGUUUUGUCAGGAUAGCAGACUUUGGCUUGUGCAAAGAAGGUAUGGGCCACGGCGAUCGCACCACAACAUUCUGCGGCACACCAGAGUUUCUGGCCCCAGAGGUGCUGACUGAGAACACCUACACCCGCAGUGUGGACUGGUGGGGGCUGGGGGUCCUCAUCUAUGAGAUGAUGGUGGGGGAGUCUCCUUUCCCAGGUGAUGAUGAGGAGGAGGUGUUUGACAGCAUCGUCAACGAUGACGUGCGCUUCCCUCGCUUCCUUUCUCCUCAGUCCGUGUCCGUCCUUGAAAAGCUGCUGCAGAAGAAUCCUGAGAUGAGACUGGGAGGAGGCCAGGAAGAUGCCUCUGAGAUCAAAAGACACAAAUUCUUUCAGGGAAUGGACUGGGGCGCUCUGCUGGCCAAAAACAUGAAGCCUCCCUUCCUGCCGGUCAUCAGAGCGCUGAAGGACGUCAGUAACUUCGACGAGGAGUUCACUCGUCUCAAGCCAGUCCUCACCCCCCCACAGACAGCCUGCGUCCUCACUGCUGAGCAACAAGAAAUCUUUGCUGACUUUGACUUCUCUUUCAUGAGUUGACCAAAUGGACUCCCUCAUUCACUCUGAAAGGUGUUAUACCUACUUUUAUUUGCCAUAAAGCUCUUCUGAUUUAACAGAAGCUGAGAAACUACUGUCCUGCCUUUUCCAAGUCCCCACGGUUUUAGGUUCUCGCCAUUUCUGUGGCUGGUUCAAACACUACAAAGAUCGUGGGUGAAGUGCCUCAGGCUGCAGCCAGGCGGCUUUUUCAUGCUGACUGUUUCUAUCAUCAAGCUGUAGGACCGAUUACCUUUCACACUGUAUGAAGUAUGUCACCAGUGCAAUAGUUUUACAAAUGGACAUUGUCCAGCCUUUCGGCCCAAGAACUAAACUGUAAAUAUUUGUGAUCUUCUGUAUCUUCUGCUAUUUAUUAUAACCAUUAUACGUCCAUCUGUUAAUAACCUCCUCUAUGUUGUUGGGGAUGUAAUACUAUAAAUAGCCAAACUGUUGAUUUUAGUUCUUCAUAGUGAUUGCCCAGUCAUUACAACUAUAUUUGUUAUUUUCAAAACGAUACUAUCAUGAAGAUUAUGCUCAUAUAGAACACACCAGCCUAUAAGUAAAGUGUAAGCAACAUAAGGAAAUAUGAAUGAAUAAACUGAUAUC